GUUAAAAGUCACUUGAAGCUGCACAUGAGGAUCCACUCUCAAACCAAACAGAAAGAUUUAAAGAAAAGAGCCAAGAAAUCUUUCACCUGCACUCAGUGUGAAAAGAGUUUCUCAAGGAAAUAUAAUCUUGAGCUUCACAUAAGAGUUCACACUGGAGAGAAACCGUUCACGUGUGAUCAGUGCGGGAAGAGUUUCACACAAUCAGCAAACCUUAAACAACACAUGAGAAUUCACACCGGAGAGAAGCUGCACACAUGUGAUCAGUGUGGGAAGUGUUUCACAGAAAAAGUACAACUUAAAAACCACAUGAGAAUCCACACUGGAGAGAAGCCGUAUGCAUGUGAUCAGUGCAGGAAGAGAUUCUCACGCGAAACAAGUCUUGAGAUUCACAUGAGAAUCCACACUGGAGAGAAGCCAUUCACCUGCGAAAAUUGCGGGAAGAGUUUCACACAAAAAAUACAUCUUAGGCAGCACAUGAGGAUCCACACUGGAGAGAAACCAUACCCAUGCGAUAAAUGUGGGAAGAGUUUCACGAAUUCAUCACACCUUAAGAGUCACAUGAGGAUCCACACCGGAGAGAAGCCGUUCAUGUGUGAUCGGUGUGAAAAGACAUUUUCAUGCAAACACAAUCUUGAUCAUCACAUGAGAGCUCAUACUGGAGUGAAGCCGUUCAUGUGCGAUCAGUGUGGGAAGAGUUUCAUGGACUCUUCAAAACAUAAAAGACACAUGAAGGUCCACACCGGAGAGAAGCCGUUCACGUGUGAUCAGUGUGGGAACAGCUUUAAAGAAAAAAUAGACCUUAAAAAACACAUGAGGAUCCACACUGGAGAGAAGCCUUAUGCAUGUGAUCAAUGUGGGAAGAGUUUCACAGAUUCAGCGUACCUUAAGAUUCACAUGAGGAUCCACACCGGAGAGAAACCAUUCAUGUGUGAUCAGUGUGAAAAGAGCUUCUCAAGCAAACUAAAUCUUGAUCUUCACAUGAGAGUUCACACCGGAGAGAAGCCGUUCACAUGCGAUCAGUGCGGGAAGAGCUUCACACAGAAACCACAUCUUACGGGGCACAUGAGGAUCCACACGGGAGAGAAGCCGCACGUAUGUGAUCAGUGCGGGAAGAGUUUCACACAAUCAACACACCUUAAAGAACACAUGAAAAUCCACACCGGAGAGAAAUCAUUCAUGUGUGAUCAGUGUGAAAAGAGAUUCCCACACAACUAUGAUCUUACUGUUCACAUGAGGAUCCACACCGGAGAGAAGCCGUACGCAUGUGAUCAAUGCGGCAAAACAUUUAUUGUGGCAUCAGCCCUGAAGACACACCUGAGAGUUCAUACGAAGGAGAAGCCGCAUUCAUGUUCUGAAUGUGGAAAGAGUUUUUCACUGCUGCAAAGUUUAAAAGGACAUCAGAAAAUACAUACUGGUGAAAAAUCUUAUAUGUGCUUUGAGUGCAAGAAGACUUUUACUUCAGCAAACUGUUUAAAACUGCACCAGAGGAUUCACACUGGAGAGAAACCCUACAAGUGUUCACACUGUGGCAAGAGAUUCAAUCAGUCAGCAAAUCUGAGAACGCAUGAGAGGAUCCACACUGGAGAGAAGCCUUACACAUGUGAUCAAUGUGGGAAGAGUUUCACACAAUCAGUAAACUUUAAAACACACAUGAGGGUCCACACUGGAGAGAAGCCUUACACAUGUGAUCAAUGUGGGAAGAGUUUUACACAAUCAGUAAACUUUAAAAGACACAUGAGGAUCCACACCGGAGAGAAGCCGUUAAUGUGUGAACAGUGUGGAAAGAGAUUCUCAAUUAAAAAUAAACUUCAACUUCACAUGAGGAUCCACACUGGAGAGAAGCCUUACACAUGUGAUCAAUGUGGGAAGAGUUUUACACAAUCAGUAAACUUUAAAACACACAUGAGGAUCCACACUGGAGAGAAGCCUUACACAUGUGAUCAGUGUGGAAAGAGAUUCUCAAUUAAAAAUAAACUUCAACUUCACAUGAGAGUUCAUACUGGAGAGAAGCCAUUCAUGUGUGAUCAGUGUGAAAAGAGAUUCACAUACAAACCAAGUCUUGAUCAUCACAUGAGA